CAGAUGUUGUGCGCAUGCAGGAGGUGUACCUAUAGCGCCCCGCCUACGCGGCAGCGACCCGCGAGAAUAGUGGGAUACUCUUGAGCCCUCGCUCCGGACUAAUGCUGUCAAUGCUACACCAUUCCUUGACCUCUGAGUCUCGACCGGACAGACUCACGACCGGCCAUCCACUUUCCCACUUCCUUUGUUGGCUGUCGGCGCCAUCUGAAAGUCCGCAGACCUGAUCCAUGCACACGCCGCCUCUAAACAACUUGAUCGCUUCCAAUCGAUCGACCACCCGCAACUCGUGUUUGCGAAAAACAACGCCAGCUCACGAGUUCGCCUUCGGCCAACAUGUCAUUCAAACAACAUCCCGGACUCACCAAGGAGUCUAAUCCUCGUGAUUGGGCAUACAAUCUGGGUGGCUUGCCUCAGGACGACUCCAUCAUCUUCACAAAGAAGAGCUUCAUCGACUUUUGCAAAGCAUACAACAUCGACGUCUCGCCUAGCUUCGGAGAGAUCAAGAGCUUGCCCAGGUUCGCUCAGAUUGGCAAGCUGACGCUUUCCGCUGGGUCUUCAGCUGAGGUCGAGUCAGCCACGCAAGGUCUUCAAACAGCAUCUUUGGAAGAGCCAAGACGGGCACCUGCACCCCCGACCUCAUCUGCCGGAGGCCAGCUGGGCGAGCAGAAGAAUGUGGUUCGCGACCCUUCCGGAGAUGCUUUUAGGCCCACGCGACGAGUGCGUGAGCUCAUAGGAGGUGGCUCUUCGGGCGUGACGGCGCUCUUCAGCGAGGCUGACGACGAGGAACAAGCAGCGGCGGCGGCCGAGUCCGCAAGGAGGCGGGGUCUCGCUCCUACCUCUUCGGCGCCUCCUCCUCUCACUACCGCUGCGCCUGCUUCCACCAACCAGGGGGAGUCUGCGCAGGACAUACUGGCGCGUGAGCAGGCGGAGAAAGCUCAGAGCGCUCAGGCUGGAUUCAGACCCACACGUAGAGUUCGGGAACAAGUGGGGGGUGGAUCUGAUGCUAUGCAAGGUAUCUUUGGAGGCAAUUAAAUGGCUCGAGAGCGAUGCAUCUUGCGCCGCUAUAGCAGCAAAGCGUGGCUUUGGCUUUAGCCAGCCGCGAGAAGUCGCUCUCAGCAGCGACCAGGCAAGCAGCUCGACGAAUCACGAAUAGCGACAUGAAAUAGCGAUACCUCUUGUGCCCUCGCGCACCCCUCUCUUUGGCUCCCUGCCCGCGAGCGAAUUCAUCUAGACUGACUCGCGCAAGGGCUCAUACGCCACCUCGCUGCACAAUAACGUCGUCGACUACUCUGUUCGGCCCUAUCACGGCCCUGUGCAGAGCGUAACGUCACAAUCUUGAUG